AGUGCAACUCAGGGCCCAUCACUUACAUAGACCUCUCUCUCACAUCUAUCCUUCAUGUCACAACGAAAAGAGGUUUACCUUGUCAUUGGAGGUAGCGGCUUUGUUGGCCGUCACAUCGUCGAACAGCUUCUAGCUCGUGGGGACAUCGUCUGUGUAUUCGACAUCGUCCAGCGACAUCACGAUGUUGACUUUUAUUCUGGUGAUAUCACGGACGAAUCCCAACUGCUUGAUGUAUUGAGCAAGACUGGUACGACUUGUAUAAUCCACACCGCUUCACCACCACACGGUGCCAAAGAUCCAAGCAUAUAUUAUAAAGUCAAUGUCGAUGGCUGCAAAGCUGUCAUCAGCGCAGCGCAGGCUGCUGGUGUGACAAAGCUAGUAUACACAAGCAGUGCUGGUGUCGUUUUUGAUGGCGGUGACGUUGUCAACCUCGACGAACGUGCUCCAUUCCCGGAGAAGCCAUUUGAUGCAUAUAAUGAUUCAAAAGCACAGGGAGAGAAACUCAUACUCGAGGCCAAUGGCAAAGGUGGCCUACUGACUGUUGCUUUACGGCCUGCAGGCAUUUUUGGUGAGGGUGACCGCCAAAUGAUGGUGGGCCUCUACCAAGCCUACCAACGUGGACAAACUCACUUCCAAGUCGGAGACAACAAUAAUCUUUUCGAUUACACCUACGUCGGUAAUCUCGCUAAAGCACAUCUAAUUGCCGCCGAUAAGCUGUCCUCUCCCCCACUUCCUACAUCCUCACACGAGACCCUUACUAUCGACUCUCUUAAAGCCAAACUUCACCUUGACCGCGCCCUCCAGCCUGUCAGCGCAACAGUCGGAGCAAAGCGAGUCCCAACGUGCGAAGCACGCCCUCUAGGGCCAUACGUCACGCUGCCGCCUAACGCCGCCCAAAUAGAGGCAGCGUUCACCGCUCCACGCGAUCCGCACACUCCCGCGCACCCUAUCAUACGCUCCCGAUUCGACCAGUUUUCCGAUAAUGCCAUUGAUGUUGCAGAGACCUCGCCGCUGCAGGUUGCAGGGCAGGUGUUUUUCAUCACGAAUGGCGAGCCAGUGUACUUUUGGGAUUUCAUGCGCCUUAUAUGGCUUGCGCUCGACCCGCCUUCAUCAAAGUCGGCAUCGGGCGCAUCGGAACGGGCACAGAGGCCUGUGUGGGUGAUACCUAGGAGCUUUGGAAUGGUGCUGGGCUUCCUUGCGGAGUGCUGGGCGUCCUUGAUCGGGAAAGAGGCUGGGUUCACGCGAUAUAGGGUUGGGUAUAGCUGUGCUACGAGGUACCACAAUAUCGAGAAAGCAAGGCGUGUACUCGGGUAUGAACCCGAGGUCGGGCUGGAGGAGGGUGUCAGAAGAAUGGUGGAGUGGUUCAAAAAGGAUAACAAUCUUCCGUGAUGGCUUUGGACGCGUAUUUGGGUUUAAAUUAACUCAAUUUCAUUGUGCACUUUGUUCAGAUACCCGCGCAUUUUGCUUCAUUUUUACCUUAUUGAUGCACAGUUAUAUCUACGCAUUGGUACGCUGUUGGGCUGGCUGCCAUUUCAUAUCGUAGCACCGAUAUUUGUAUUUGAAGAUUUCAUGGAGGCCUUGCAUCAAUAUUAAUAACGAAGGACCUGCCAGUGGGUACAAAAAUGGAACGAUAUUGUUGAUACUCAACGAAAUUUCCAAUUCAU